AUGGCAGCAGUCGGACACCGCUGGCCCGGCCAGCCGACUCCGGAGUUCGGCCUCUUCUCGCACCACGCUGGCCAUGUGCGUCAGAGUUCUCUCGAGACCGAGCAGGACCUGCCCUCGGCGAGGCAGAGGCUGCGCGACAUGCUGGAUGACCCCUCAUCUUCGGGUGUCGCGCAGGCCGUCCACUACUUCAUCAUCGGGGCCAUCAUCACUGGUUCGCUUCUCACCGUGGUGGAGACCAUGCCGACCAUGCGCAUUCACGCGCCGUUCCUUGACGCGAUGGAUUUCCUGGUGACGAUCAUCUAUUCGAUCGAGAUCGUCCUGCGGUUUUACGCCACGGAUGACUGCGUGGGCUUCUGCGUAUUUUUCAACAUCGUUGACGUGGCCUCGACUUUGCCUGGUUAUCUCGAGCUCGUCAUCCGAGCGUACGGCGAGUCGCCGAAGGCGGCUGCGACGGUGGCUCCGAUCCGGAUCCUCCGGAUCUUCCGUGUGGUUCGCCUUCUCAGGGUCGUCCGGGUGUUCAAGCUGGUCAAGGACAACCACUACGCACAGCAGACGGCCCUCCUCGUCGAGGUGAUAACCGAGGCCGCCACGCACUCGGGGCUCUGCGUCAUCCUGCUCCUGUUCGGCCUCAUGACCGUCAUCGCGUCGACGCUGCUCUACCUGUUCGAGGCGCCCGAGUGCCUCCAGGGCUGGGCCACGCCCAGGGACGAGCUCUACGCCAUCCCGCCGCAGGACUGCACGGCGCGGUCGAACUUCGACUCGAUCCCACUGUGUUCUGGUGGGCCGUGA